UCCGAUUAAAAUUUGUCACAUGAACUGUGUUUUGACAGCACUUUAACUGUGCUUUGAUAGCAUUGUUUGAGUGCACUUGACUUAAAAUUCUGUGAAAUAUUCAACCUGUCAAUAUUUUAUUAAACAAUUAAAGUAUCUCUACAUCACCUAAUUAAUAAUAUUUGGAACCCGAUACGAAAACUGCGGCUCUUUGUCGGCAAACCGCAAAUUAACGAAAACUACAAACACGCUGAUUUUCCUUGGUCCAAAUAGCCUUCGCUUUGCCCGCCAUUUCCGGGACUUGUACCAUUACCAAGAGCAAACUUCUCCUAAACCGUAGGCGGACCUCGUACACCAUAUUUCUUUCGUUCCCUUUCCACCUCAACUAUGAAAGGUUCUCUUCCCCAGCCAACCAUUUGCUCGCCGUCCCUUCGAUCGGCUCUCUCUCUCUCUCUAUCUCUAUCUCUCUACAUUUUCCCCUCUUCCGGCGUUCGCUCUCGUGUCAGGCUGAAAUGGAGAGGUUAGGCAGGAAGCACAUGCCUUGGAGGCUCUCUGUUGUCUUAUCCUGUAUCAUGCUGUUUGGCAUCGGUUUUGUUGGCGACAACCUAUGGAGGUCAUCGUCUCCGAUGUCAUCGUUGCACCCCUUUUUCGAGUUGCCUACGGCGAUCCAGAACGCCGUUGGUUUCGGCAAGAAGUCAAAGACAAAAAACAAGUUAGACCAUAUGGCACCUCCAAAGUACCUUAAUGCAACGUUUGCUGACUUAGAAGCACCACAUUUAGAAUGGGAAGAGAUGCCAUCAGCACCUGCCCUUCGUCUGGAUGGAGCUGCUGUACAAAUUAAAAAUCUUCUCUACGUUUUUGCUGGAUAUGGUACCAUAGACUAUGUGCAUUCUCACGUGGACAUAUUUAAUUUCACGGACAAUAAAUGGUGUGAUAGAUUCGAUAUGCCCAAAGAAAUGGCUAACUCUCACUUAGGAAUGGCUGCAGAUGGUCGAUACGUUUAUGCUGUCACCGGUCAACAUGGUCCACAAUGUAGAGUGCCUACAGCUCGCUGCUUUGUACUAGACACAGAGACAAAAAAAUGGCAUGAUUUGCCCUCUUUACCAGCCCCAAGGUAUGCUCCAGCCACUCAACUUUGGAGGGGAAGGCUCCAUGUUAUGGGUGGUAGUAAGGAGAACCGUUAUACUCCUGGCUUGGAUCAUUGGAGUCUGGCAGUAAAAGAUGGAAAGCCGCUAGAACAAGAAUGGCAAACUGAGAUAUCAAUACCACGUGGUGGUCCACAUAGGUCCUGUGUUGUUGCUAAGGAUCAACUAUUUAUUAUUGGCGGGCAAGAGGGUGAUUUUAUGGCUAAGCCUGGAUCUCCUAUUUUCAAGUGUUCUAGACGCCGUGAGGUGGUAUAUGGCGAUGUUUACAUGCUGGAUGACGGGAAGGAAUGGAAGGAACUACCUCCAAUGCCUAAACCUAAUUCUCAUAUAGAAUUUUCGUGGGUGGUUGUCAACGACUCUAUAAUUGUUAUUGGUGGUACGACCCAGAAAUAUCCUAUGACAAAAAAGAUGAUAUUGGUCGGUGAAGUAUUCCAAUUCCACUUAAACACGUUGAAAUGGAGUGUGAUCGGGAGGAUGCCUUUCAGAAUGAAGACGACCUUGGCCGGUUUCUGGAAUGGUUGGCUAUAUUUCACAUCUGGACAGCGAGACAGGGGCCCACAUGAUCCUUCUCCUGGAAAGGUUGUUGGAAGCGUGUGGAGAACUAAGCUCAGAUUAUAAAAAUUUACAUUUCACGAUC